AAAUUCUGUUUGAAAAUUUCCCGGGAAAUCUGAGUUUCGCGGGAGGGCUCUUGAGCGCGUAAACCGUAUCCCUUCAUUCAUCAGGCCGUUUCCUGAAGCCAUUUCUACACCGGGGGAACGAGAGUUGCGCUACUUUUUAAUCCGUUGCAUCUGCCUAAAUGCACUUUCUUAAGGAAGAAUACUUUACAAAAGUCGAUAAAUCAGACUGUCAUCUUUACUUCGGUCUGAUUAUUUUUGUAAUUUUUGCGGCAGAUUAGCAGCCAUACGGGCUUGAAAGUACUGAGACAAGAAAGGGGUUACCCCGAAUACGCAAGAUGAGAAGAGGGAUCUCCUCGGCUCCGGACAAAGUGCUUUUAGCGGGGGUUGGGGGCUCUCCUCUCGACAAUAAUAUAAUUUUAACAACUCUCACGGAUCGUUUAAACCCUGGUCAAUCCAACGCUACGUAUAUCCAAAUAAUAACCACCCCACCGCCUUGCAACAUUACACAGACAUCAAGUGUGUGUUUAUCAGAACCGCAGAUAAACAACAUUUACACAACUCCACAACAAGCUGCAGCAAACGGAGCAGGACAACGACCCGCACUGGGGAGACCGCCGGCAAAAAGGCGGUUGGCCCUCGAUGACUCAGACCACCAGUACCAGUCAGAACCAGCCAGGACUCCUAGAGGCAGAGGAGCGUCUUUGGUGGCCAAUGGGGCACGGAUAAAGACACCUAGAACACCCAAGUCUCCACCAGAGAAGACUCGUUAUGACACCUCCCUGGGCCUGUUAACAAAGAAGUUUGUGGACCUCCUUGCCCAGUCUUCUGAUGGCGUCUUGGACCUCAACCUCGCCGCUGAAACCUUACAGGUACAGAAAAGGCGGCUGUAUGAUAUCACCAAUGUACUAGAAGGCAUUCACCUCAUCAAGAAGAAGUCAAAGAACAACAUUCAGUGGAUGGGCUGUAGUCUGUUGGAGGUAGAGGGGGCACUGAGCCAGAGACAGAGACUAACAGCAGAGGUUUCUGCACUGGGAGAAGAAGAGCAGAGGCUGGAACAACUGAUCCAAAGAUGCAGCCUGGAUAUGAGACACAUGAGCGAGUUGCAAAGCAACCAGAAAUAUGCCUAUGUAACGUACCAAGACAUCAAACAGCUGGGAAACCUCAGAGACCAGACGGUUAUUGUUGUCAAAGCGCCCACAGACACCAAACUAGAAGUACCAGACCCUGAUGAGAGUUUGUCCAUCCAUCUGACCAGCACUAAGGGCCCUAUAGAAGUCCUCCUGUGCCCAGAUGAGGAGAAUGAUCCUAGAAGUCCUGUAAAAAAUGGCAGCAUGGACAUCAAUGGGAACUCACCUUUCCUCAAAGUCCUUCAAGGUCCCACCUGCACAACCACUUCUUCCAUCCCCUCCCUGGCUCCACCUUCUUCUUCCUCAGCAGUCUCCGUCACUACUCUCUCCCCCAUCUCGUCCCCUUACACUAGUCUUCUCCAGCAGACAGAAGACCAGAUCCCUUUAUCCCUGGGGCCUUUCUUAAACCUCGGGCCUCCUCUUCUGGACCAAGAUGACUACCUUUUAGGUUUGGGAGAUGACCAGGGAAUCAGCGACUUGUUUGACGCCUGUGACUUUGAUAAAAUGCCCUCUCUUGGCCUGGAUGAUCUCCUGUGCAGCUAGCAUUAGGUAAUACAAAUAUAGUUUACGUGGAUGGGAGAGAGAUGGAGAAUCGGUAAAGGUUUUGAUUCCUGUGACUGACUGUGUACUUAAUGGAAGCCAAUUCUAAAUAGCUGGAAAGGAAUCAUUUUGGACUUUUUUCAGUCCCAGUGGGACUAAAUGUCAUGUUCUUUCAUGGCGUGAGAGAUAAAUGGCCUUGCAUGAUUUCACACAAAGACAUAACCGUUCUGUGGGAAAAUAUAUCCAUUACUCUUUGUCUCAGGCUAUGUUAAGCCUCCAGUUUAGCUGUUGUUGCAUCUUAAGGCCUUUGCUCUCUGUUUGGUAGCAUGAAGGGGAAGGGGAAGGAUAUCCACUCCCCUUUAUGACGCAAGGUUUGCAUCACAUCACUGUACAGAGAGACCAACAAAGACUGGACAGAGAACAGCUCGAAGGAAAACGCCCCCACACUAUCUGACAUUCACACACAUUGUGGUCGAUGGUUUGGGUUUAGCAUUACACCCAAGUGUGCAAGAUGCACAGAUGGAAUCAAUCAAAAUCAUCAGAAUGCUUAAGAGUAGGGAAGAGGAAAACUGUUUGUUUAAAUCUUGAAGGAUAAUGCAAAUAUGAGGAUUUAACAGGCCUGUAAAUCUGCAAUUUGGCAAGAAAAGGAGUGGUUUGAUUGGUGGUUUCCCAGUUACUCAUUUUCUUGAUGUUAUUGCCAAGUGCUGCGGGAACUAUUGAUGGCUUUCUAUUUCACCAAUGAUCUGUGUUUGAAGGUUCAUAGAGCUAAUUGUUAAGUAGGUAUUUUAAAAAUUAAAAUGAAUAUUAAAUGAAAGCAUUUUGAUACACAGCAUUCAUGACUACUGUUGCUUUCCUAUGGUUAGGUUAGGCAGGCUGAGGUUUUGGUCCCCCGUUUUGUCUCUGCCAGCUCAGACACUUGCGUGCUAUUUAGACUUAUAACCAUGCAGUUAACAAGAGUAUGGGUAUAUUGUACAUUUAAGCCCUAUUUAGAUGUAUUAAGAGCUGCAAGGAAGUUCAUAUACUGUUUUGGAGUGCACAUGACAAUUAUCCAGUGUUAAAGGAAACCGUAAAACAGCAAAGGAAAUAAGAAUGUACUCUAAAUGCUCUAAAAUGAGACAGAUAUGUUUUCUUAGGUGUACAAAAUACUUACAGCAUGCCUUAUUGCUAGUAGUUGGUUAAAUCCCCUUGCACACUAUGUCUCUCUUGUGCUAUGCCCUCCAUAUUUAAAAUGGAUUUAGUAGGUACAUUUAAUAAGGGACUUUUGUUAUCUGUUCACCCGAUCAGCCUGUGGUCUACUCAAGUGGGCAAUCUCAUAUUUUGUACAUGAAUACAAAAAUGUUCAACAUGGAACACAUAUUGUGAUGUUUAACAUAACAUGAAAAAGCCAUCAAACCUGGGUUAUGUGGUGUGAAGGAAAAACACCUGAUAUGCAAACUUGAAUAUCAUCUCCAACUCAUAUUUGUAAUGGCACUUUGUGAAAUCAAGACACCAGAUUUCCACUUUCUUGCUGCUCUUUGCCUGUCCCCUCCAUCGUCAUCAUCAGCAGAAGCUGCCAAAACCAAACUUAACUUUAAUGCCUCCUCAUUUAGUUUUUGUUGCUGUCAGAUUAUGUGGUUUAGAGCUAGUCAGUCAAAUUUGAACCGCUUAUCGAUGCACACUGCCUACUCAGUGUGUACUGAAGCUGUGGAGGAGACAGGAUAGGCGCGUGUUCGUCUUUUUAGGUUUAAUAAGUGUGGAAUUUUAAUGGAUUUUAAUUCUGUAGAAAUAACUAAUAUCACGGCCACCUAAGCAACAAGGGGCCAGAAAGCUAUUAAUUUAGGCUUCAGCAUGUAAUGAAGGGCUUUCCCCCCUCCAUAACCAGGAUAUUUAUAAAAAAAGAAAAAAGACAAAUGGACCCUGUUUCGUAAAUUGAGCUAAUUCAAUGCAACAAGCCAUGUUUCAUAAUGGGCUGGGUGAUACUGUUGUCUUUGGACACUGAGUCGUAAAAAUUGGUUAAUCAAGAAUAGCCGGUUGGAGGACUUGGUGAACUAAGAGCUGUAGGGAUGUGUUGUUUUUACUGGUAUUUGGAACAACGUCGCUUCUUGUGUUUGACAUCCUCGGUGAUAACAAAACACAAACAUUUGCUCUGAAACCCUGGCUUCUAAUCUAAAGAAACCUGCGGCCGCAGGUGAUUUUGCUGCUGUAACUGUACACUUUCCCCGACCUGAUUGAUGUGAGCUUGAGUAAUUGCAUUUGCAGCAUGUUUGAGUUAUGUCGAAGAUCAAGCUUGCUACACAGUAAGCCCACCAUGUGUAAUAUGAUGUACAGUUUUCUAAAUUCUUCAGCGCACAAGGUACUGUAGGCUACCUCUCACUUAAUGUUGGACAAUAAUAAUAGGGCAUAGAGGUAAUUGCCAUAGUGUGUCUGAGUCUUUGAAUUCCCCUUUGUCUUAGGAAUUAGCCUUGCAUUAUUUACCCUGAUACGAGUACGCCUUUGCUCUUAAAUCGAUCUCAUGCUGUUGCAUCUUAAAUUUGAAUUAGGGGUGCACAUUUCAUGAGCAGAACAGCGGACAAAUUGCAAUAUUGCAAUAUUAUUUUUUUUGUGUUUUUUUCUUUUCUUCUUAAGUUAUUGUCUUUUUUUGUUUCUCAGACCCAAUAAGUGGUACACAUUCAAUAACAUCAUACAUGCAGUCAGUCUUUCACAGUUAGCCAUCUGCCCUUUAUUGGCCAUUAGGAGACAUUGCUAUGUCUACAUACACUGAACCAGGAUCAGACUUGUCCUCUACUGAAGUGUGUUGGGGUUUUGCUUCUGUGACACUGUGUGUCCGUUUUAUUUUUGGAAUAAUGUGAGGGAGUCUGGAACUGUUUUUUUUCUGACUUUCUUUUUCAUGGAGAGUAUUGAAGCCUAUUGCAACAGGUUUUUGAGUAUGUAAAAUCAAAACCCAAUAUAAUAUAAACCAUCGCCAGUGAACGUAAAAUUUGACUGCACAGAAUGCACAAAAAUGCUCUGAUUGACAACACAAUUUCCCUAUAAGCAUAUGUAUGUCAGUGUAUUUUGUAUGCAUGGAGAAUUCCAGCUCAAUGUAUUUCCCUAUUUGGUUCACUAACCACCGUUGUGCUAUUUUCUAAAACCAUUCAAACACGUAAUUAUAUUUUCCUCCAUCUAUUUCAGGCGACCAGAAUCUGGUCACAAUAUUGUAUCUACUUUUACACAAUGGAAACAUGAUUUUUUGGAAAGAUUGUACCUUUCCAUGGGUUUCUUAUGGAAUGUUAAAGAUUUUAAUGCACCGCUUAAGCUAGUGUCAUUGCCAGUGAGUGUGAACAAUGUGGUAUGGGUGAAUUAAAAUUACAGCUCCUUCAUUUCUAAUGAGUGAUUCUGAUGUGUGAUUAGACCUUAAAGAAAUAUAUCAUUAGGCUAAAUGUGGUGUUUACUAUUAGUGAAGAUUGAAACAGCACUGUUGUCCCUGCUAUUUACCUAUGGUUAUUCUUAAGCUGUUACCAAAUACCAUAUACUGAUCGGUAAAUAUUCUGUAAAGGUUCAGUGAAAAGUUAACUGUCUUAUAGGAAAGAAUUGACUGUAAAAUGAUAUUGCUGCCUGUUUCCACUAAUUAC